GGCGCCCGGGACGCGGAGUCGCGUUUUGUGCGCGAAGCGGAUCCCGGCGCGGGGCUUCAACGCGGGACCAUCAAGGGGGUCAUCAAGGGGGGCCCGCCGAGGGGAUAGCGGAGCGGAGGGGGUCCGGGCUGCGUGUGCGGGCAACACGGCCAGUGAGGAGGGCACCCCUACUGUUUGGCAGCACCGGCGGCAACCACUGCUGGGUGAGGCGCGCUUGUGCGCGUGCCGGUGCGGGGCAUGGAUCGCUGCCGCCACGUGUGGAGACUCAAGCUUUCUCAGAACCACUCGAUACUCAACCCAGACAAGUGGGCGUGCGUGGACUGCGCCGGCUGCUGCGCAGUACGGAAGACCAAUGACGGUGGUGCGUGCAACGGCGAGGGCGGAGGCCUGCCCGUGGACGGCGGAGAUGAAGGUGGCGCCGGCGGCGGUGGUCAUACCGGCGGUGCGGUUUGUAACCACGCGUGCGGUGGCGGCGGAGCGGUUUGCGAGCCGCACGACGUGUCAGGUUUUGCCUCUUGCGGUACCGCCACCACGGCCGCCACCUUCUGCGACGACGGCGCCUGCGAUUGCGCCUCCUCGGUGUGGGCCUGCCUGACGUGCCCCCACGUGGCGUGCGGGCGUGACGUGGCCGCUCACGCCGACCGGCACGCCGCGAUGACGCGGCACCCGCUCGCCAUGCACGUGGCGGAGCUCUACGUGUUCUGCUUCGCGUGCGACGACUACGUCCUCAACGACAACGCGCAGGGCGACCUUAAGCUGCUGCGGGGGGCCCUGGGCACCGUGCGGGCGAGAAGAGGCGGUCCCCCGGGGGGGCUGCUGCGCGGCGGUGGUGGCGGAAGUUCAGGCGGUGGGGGCCGUGCCCUGCGAUCGGCAGGGGGUAGUGGGGAGGCGUGCACGUGGAAUCGCGCUGGUGAGGCGCGGGCCCGUGCCAACGACCGCCUGCUCACAGCACUCAAGCUUCGCCGCCUCCGGCGUUUGCGGCGCGCAUUUGGCGCCUGGUUUGGCGAAACGGGGAGCGGACGUGCCCGGCUCGAGGAGGGGCGCCGGCAGGAGGAGGCGGAACGCCGGCGCGAGGCCCAGCGUGCCCGCCGAGCUGAGCACAAGCGCCAGCUGCGCGAGGAGAUGUCCGCCCAGCCGCCGCGUAAGAGCGCCCGCCUCGCCACCCGCGCUCACUACGCCAUCGGCGGCGGGGACGGCGACGGCGCCAGGCCCGGCGGCGGCGGCACGAGCCGCGCGUGGCGCAGCCGGCAGCUGGAGCGUGCCAUGGCAGCGCUAAAGCGGCAGAGCUCGAUGCUGACCCCCGGCGUCACUGGGCUGCGCAACCUGGGCAAUACGUGCUACAUGAACUCCAUCCUGCAGGUGCUCAGCCACCUGCACAAGUUCCGCGAGUGCUUCCUGGCGCUCGACAUGAGCGAGGGCGACGCUCCGCCAGCGCCGCCGCCGCCGUCCCCGGCUCACGGCGGCGGUGAGACGCGGGGUCCCUUCCCCCUCAUCCCGUCGGCGCCGCCGUCGUCGGCCGGGCCGCUCGGCGACCUCCUGGACCGCGCGGCGUCGGCGGGGCGGCUGGCGCGAGUAUCGACGCGCAGCGUGCACAAGCUGCUGCAGGCGCGGCGUGCGGCCGGCAUCGUGGGGCGCGCACCGGGGCAGACGGCGCGCGAGCCGGCGGGCCCCGCGGGGCUGGGCGGCGGAGGGAGCGGGUCGGCGCGCAGUUUGCGCUUGCUGCAGAGCCCCGUGGGCUGCCCCGGGCCGCUGUCGCUGUGCCGCGAGCUGCACACGCUCUUCCGCGUCAUGUGGUCGGGGAAGUGGGCACUGGUGUCGCCCUUCGCCAUGCUGCACUCGGUGUGGAGGCUCAUCCCCGCGUUCAAGGGCUACGGGCAGCAGGAUGCGCAGGAGUUUCUCUGUGAGCUGCUCGACCGCGUGCAGAGGGAGCUGGAGGGGGCGGGGGGCCGUGGCCCCCCACUCCUAAUACCCUUAGCCCAGCGCACGCUGCUGAGGCACGUGCUGCAGGUCGUCAACACCAUCUUCCAGGGCCAGCUGCUCAGCCAGGUCACCUGCAUGUCAUGCCUGCACAAGUCCGACACGGUGGAGCCCUUCUGGGACCUGUCGCUGGAGUUCCCCGCGCGCUACCACUGCGUGCGCAAGCGCGCCGGGGCGCACGGGCGCUCGCAUGCGCGCGCUCGCGCCCACCACCCGGACGCCGACUGCUCGCUCACCGAGAUGCUGAGCAAGUUCACCGAGACUGAGGCGCUAGAGGGCAAAAUCUACGCUUGCAGCUUCUGCAACAGCAAGCAGCGGGGUGGCGCCUCCAAGCCCUUGGUUCUAACAGAAGCCAGGAAGCAGCUGCUGGUGUGCCGUCUGCCCCAAGUUCUGCGGCUGCACCUCAAGCGCUUCCGGUGGUCCGGGCGUAACCAGCGCGAGAAGAUCGGCGUCCACGUGGCAUUCGCACGCGAGCUCAGCAUGAGGGCCUUCUGCAGCCGCAGCGGCGCGCGGCUGGGCGGACGCGAGGGCCUGGUGUACGACCUGUCGGCCGUCGUCAUGCACCACGGGCGUGGCUUCGGCUCCGGGCACUACACGGCCUACGUCUACAAUACUGAGGGUGGCUUCUGGGUUCACUGCAACGACUCGGAGAUGAGCGUGUGCAGCGUGGAGGAGGUGUGCCGCGCCCAGGCCUACAUCCUCUUCUACUCGCAGCGCAAGUCACCCGACGAUCGAAUCUGCGCCACGGCAACGGCGGUGCCGGAAACACGGGUGUUGCCCCCCGCGUCGGCCCCGGUCGCCCCCACCCUGGCCCCCCCCACCUCUUCCCCUACGCCCCCAGCCUCCCCAAAACCCUCCGGCCCCGAGGCGCCGUUUUCUUUGGAUCGCAGGGCGGCCGAGUCGUUUGCGCUCCCCGCACGUUCGCCAGCCGCCGACGGGGAGCGCUGCGAACCGCAGGCGACACCCUUCACCCCGCCGGCACCGCCGCCGCUGGACACGCAGCCCCGGGGAGGCCUGCGCGGCGACGACGAACAGGACCUUGCCGCCGGCACGCCCGACGCCCGGAGUAGCUCGCUCCCCGACAGCGACGCCGGCGUAAGGACGCUGUCGCUUCACCCGCAGGUGUCCGAGCGGCCGUCGCCACCACUCGGACACUCCGUCCCGGGUUUUGGAAAUCUCCCGGAUUCCGUUGGCGAGCGAGCCGAGCCGGCGUUGCCCGCGCCCACGCUGGCCUCCGCCGAGCCGCACCAGACAUCCGCGGGUUUCUGGCUCGAAGCGCAAGCUUGCGGCGGCGGCGGCGCCGUUGAGCCUGGCCCGCUCGUCGCGACCGCCGGACCGGCGGAAGGAGGUUGCGGCGUCACCAGCGAGUUUGGCGCGGCCGCGGAGCACAGCUGAUUGUCGACGCGGCGGCGGGUAGUGCUGCUCCACGCGCUCCACGCUCUCCACGCUCGUGCUAAGCGGUCUCCUGAUGAAGAACUGACAGCGCUUGCAUCGGCCGUAUCGUGGCGGCGACAGCAUUAAAAGAACAGCCGGUACCCUAGCUACAUGUGGUUUUAAAAAUCGACGCGGGUUUUCGGUCCAGUUGAUGGCAACUUCACGCUCGGUUACCUCGAGCCAGGCUAAAGAGUGCGGGCGUCAACUUGCGUUUGAUAAUGCGCAAGUCGCCGCGCCACCGCCGGUUUGGGUUCACAGGAGCCACAGCGCCGGCGCGCGUCGUUCUCCUCGGCUCGGUGUGCCCGGGGCGUCGGUCGACGCCAGUCUCCGUUCAUUCCCGGAGAAAACCAGGAUCUUCACUUUGGCCUCUGUUUUUACACCAGCACUUCCGCGUUCACUCUCAACAGCUUAAAAAAGAAAAGGCCUUGUAAUUCACUACUACUCAGGCAGCAUCGCAAUGUGGGGGUGCAAGCAGGGAAAGAUGGACAUGGGGGGCGGGGCCAGUGUCCGUGAGGGGGCCACUGUUCCCCUUUCAUGAUUUGGGGUGGGGGGGGGAGGCCCCCCCCUGCACCACCUCGCUUGCGCCACCCCUGGCGUGUACCACACGCACACAUCGCGUGGCCCACGUGUACACCAUGCGGUGCACCACAUGUAACCUCAUGCGGCCGGUGUUUGCACAUCAGCCCAACGACAGCUCAGGUAGCUUUUUUGGAAAAAUCAACACUAACACACGCGCAUAUAUUGACACGCGUACGUACAUAUGGGUACAUACAAAGCGCACGCACGUAUACUGGUACGCACUGAGACGCAAAUGCAGUCUUUGUGCACGCAUAAAUACAUCUACAGUACACGCAUUAACAUACAGUUAUGUGCGCACGAAUGCAUAUACAAUACUUGCAUUCACGAACAGUCAUGCACCCACAUGCUAUCACGCACACAUGCAUGCAUAGACGCAAGCGCGCCCACAGUGAUACAACUACACAUCACAUAGACUUAAGCGCACGGACAUACUUGCAUUCCUGUACCGUACACACGCAGACACACGUGCACUCUAGGAACUGCCAGUCCUUUCCUCGGCACUGUGAGAACAACACUGGUGUGUGAAUUUGUACAGAACCGCACACUUUGCUGGGGUGGGCUAGGGGGUGAGUACUGAUUGGUUAGGGGGUGUGCAAGUACUGCUGGGUUAUGGGUGGGUAGGGAG